UACCUGGCAGUUUCCAACCGCCAAUUCUUAAUCCGUUUCAUCCAAGGCGGUGCACCGGUCACUGCACAGUGCACAGUAGUCCACCCCCUCCUCCUCCUCCUCCUCCUUCCUCGCUUCGGAGAUCGCGAUGGGCUUCGCAGCUCCUUCUCGCCCUCCUCGUUCUGCUUCUUCUUCGUGGCUCUGCGCGCGCCCGCCUCUGUCCGCCGGACUCUCCCCGAGUCAUCUCUCCGCGACGCCGGCGUCCUCCCCGUUCUCGCGCAAAUCCGCCGCGCUCCGCUGCUCCGGCCACUCCACGGAGCCCUCGUCCUCGCCGCCCCCGCCGCCCGCUCGCUCCUACGGCCGCCGAUGGUACAAUCCCCUCGCGCCGGAGGACCGGCCGUCGCCGGAGAUCGUCCGCAGCUGGAUCGAGGCCGAUCGGCCGCUCGCUUCUCAAGCGAAAUUUACCAUGGUUUCUUACAACAUUCUGGGAGAUAAAAAUGCUUCAAAGCACAGAGAUCUAUAUACAAAUAUUCCUCCUCUAUACAUGAAAUGGGAACGGCGUAAACGUGUUAUAUGCGAAGAGCUGAUUGGAUGGAAUCCAGACAUUAUCUGCUUGCAGGAGGUGGACAAGUAUUUCGAGCUCUCGAAAAUUCUAGAGAAAGCAGGAUAUAUUGGUUCUUAUAAGAGACGCACUGGAGAUGCUGUUGAUGGUUGUGCUAUAUUUUGGAAAGCAAACGAGUUUUCGCUAUUAGAAGAAGAGAGCAUCAAGUUUAAAGAACUUGGUCUUCGAGAUAAUGUAGCACAGCUUUCUGUCUUUCAGGCGUGCAAAGCGGAGUCAAAGAAACUGCUUGUUGGCAAUAUCCAUGUUCUCUAUAACCCGAGUAGAGGAGAUGUAAAGCUAGGACAAAUUCGUCACCUCUCCUCAAGGGCACAUAUUCUGUCAGAAAAAUGGGGUAGUAUUCCUGUUCUGCUUGCUGGCGAUUUCAACACCACUCCACAGAGUGCUAUAUACAAGUUCUUGUCAAUGUCGAAGCUGGAUAUCAUGUCAUAUGACCGAAGGGAAUUAUCUGGCCAAAGAAGUUGUCAUCCUGCUCAAGUUUUUGGUGAAAAGCAGGACUUAAGUAACUCUUUGUUUCUGAUAGACAGAUUUUUGACAUGUGGCUGGACUGACGAAGAAAUCAAAACUGCUGGUGGUAAUGCUAAAGGUGAGGUUGUUGCCCAUCCAUUGAAUAUUAAGAGCUCCUAUGCCACAACGAGGGGAUCGGCGAGAACAAGGGGCUCAAACGGUGAACCGCUUGCAACUUCAUACCACUCAAAAUUUUUUGGGACAGUUGACUAUAUAUGGUACUCAAAGGGUGUUGUACCAACAAGAGUUCUGGACACUCCCUCAGUUGGUGUUCUUCGGAGAACAGGUGGUCUGCCAUGCAAAAAAGUGGGGAGCGAUCAUCUGGCCCUGGUAUCAGAAUUUGCCUUUACUCAAGACAGCGAUGUGGAUGAAGAGGACACACUUGUGGCAACAUCCAAUAUGUAGCAAUUGCACCCUGGAGGUAAAGCAUUAUGAAGUGCACCUUUGGAUUCUUUUCUCGCGUAACCAGAGGUCUUGAUACCUUGAUGUGAGCCACUUGCUGGAUCAUGCGAGAAAGUCGGUUCAUGAAUAUCUGCGCUCAGUUAAGUGUUUCCCUGGAGUUGAUUCUGGUUGAGAUUGAUUUUUAGCUAUCAAUCGUCACACCUGACAGUCUUAUAGACUACGAUUCAUCCUGAAGCCGAACAUAAAAUUGCUGUAGUUAUAUCUGCAUCUUCCAAAGUUCUACAUGUUUUCUCUAUCGUUAACCAUGUCCUGAACAUGUGAGCUUCUUUUGCUGCUCAUUGUCCAACAUGCACCUGCACCCAUGAAUUUAGAUGCUUAAUCUUUGGCCAGGGUACAUUGCAAACUUUUAGUAAGCCAUGUAUCGUGAGUGAA